AGCAAAAGCCCAAGGCCCAAAAGGCCAGAACCCCCUCGUCCCCUUCCUCAUCCCGUGUGGUUCCCCUGCCCCGCCGCCCACCCCUCAUCCCCGCGCCAUGCCGCCGCGGAAGCGCCCGGCGCCGCCGCCGGAAGAGGCCCCCCCUGCCUCGAAACCCACACCUGACGCCAUACCUCCCGAACCCACCAAAUCCGCCCCCGAUCCCGCGCCGCCGACCAUCUCGGCCGCGGUCCUCGCCAAACUCCCGAGCAUGGAACGGCAGGUAUACACCCUCAUCUUCGAGGCGGGCAGCAAGGGCAUGUGGAUGCUCGACGUCCGCAAGCAGCUGGCGAUCAGCCCCAAUGUCGCCACCAAGGUCGUGCGCGCCCUCGUUUCGCAUAAGCUCGUCAAGGAAGUCAGCGACGUGCGCCACCGCAGCAGGAAGAUCUUCAUGGCCACCGACUUCCAGCCCUCCGACGAGAUCACCGGGGGCACCUGGUACCACGACGGCCGGCUCGACACCGACGCCGUGUCCGCCGUGCGCCGCCGCUGCCAAGCGCAGGUCGAGAAGCUCGGCGCAGCAACCGCGCAGAUGAUCCACCACGGCAUUCUGAGGGACGACCCCAGGGCCGGGUACACCAUCGACAAGAUCAGGGAUAUCCUGAAGACCAUGGUGCUCGACAAGGUGCUCGAGGAGGUCAAGAGCACAGGCGAGGGGGAGUUCACGGCCGUCAGGAGCGGCACGAUGUGCUACCGGUUGGCUGGGCCUGCGCAGGGAGGGAUGAUGGAGGGGAUCCCGUGCGGGGUUUGCCCCAGGAUCGAUGAGUGCUCGCCGGACGGGGUCAUUUCGCCGAGCACAUGCGUCUACUACAAGAAGUGGUUGCAAAUGGACUUCUAGGCAGUGACCGUUGGUGGAUCCCACCUAGAUGUACCAUUCAGAUUGGCUUUAGACGGGCUUUUGGGUUUUAUUAUUGUGCCAAAUGUUUUAGUUGCUGUGGUUUAGUGCCAAAUUUGUGGAAUUGGGUUGGCCAGGUGCUUUUGUAUGUUCUGCAGAUAUUUAUGCUAAUGUAAAGCCUUCUGUUAGUUGUGUGACUGGAGUUUUCUUGAUAGACUUGGGGAGGAGAAAAAUCUUGCUUUGGCCAAUAAGGCAAUAAUAUGGGGCCAAUUUAUUGAUUCCUGAGUAGAAUGGUUUCAUUACCUCAUUUGUAUUAUACUUGACUUUCGAGACAUUUUCUGUGUCUUACAGGGUUUCAGCUGUUUUGUAUUCUGAUCUCCGCAUUAUUGUACUUGAGCUUUAGCUCUGUCUGUCAGUCUUAUGUACUUCUGCAUGAUUUCCAUGUUAUAUUUGUGCUCAGGCUA